CUGACCAUUUUGCAGACCAGGUUAGAGUGUAAACAAAACCACUUCUUUUUUUAACUACAGUCCGUCCUUAACGAUUUUAUGAGAAAAGAUUCUGAGGGAUAAAAGUCGUCAUGGCGGACCGGGAGGAGCGACGCUUCGCUGAGGUUUCCCGGGAGUCUGUCAAACUUAUGGCCGAGAGUUCCUCCGUGGAGCUCAGCGACGAGGUGGCCGCCAUGCUGGCCGAGGACGUGUGUUACCGCCUCAGGGAGGCCGCGCAGAGCAGCUCCCAGUUUAUGAGACAUGCUAAAAGGAGAAAGCUGACAGUAGAGGACUUCAACAAAGCUCUGCGUUGGAGCAAUGUGGAGGUCAUUUGUGGCUAUGGAGCCCAGGAUGCUCAGCCUUUCCGCUCAGUGAAAGAAGGGGAGUUUUUCUUUGUGGAGGAUCGGGACGUGAACUUAAUUGAGCUGGCUCUGGCCACCAACAUUCCUAAAGGUUGCGCAGAGACCAUGGUGAGAGUAAAUGUGGCAUAUCUGGAUGGUAAAGGCAAUGUAGACUCUCAGGGGACAGUUCCUACAGCAGUACAGUCUUUAUCAGACGACUUGCUGAAAUACUACCAGCAGAUCACAAGAGCCAUCCUAGGAGAGGACCCCCAUCUCAUGAAGGUGGCUCUGCUGGACCUUCAGUCCAACUCCAAGAUCGCUGCCUUACUGCCAUACUUUGUUUAUGUGAUAAGUGGAGUGAAGUCAGUAAGCCAUGACCUGGAGCAGCUCAACAGACUCUUACACAUGGUGAAGAGCCUGGUCCAGAACCCGUACCUGUACCUGGGCUCAUAUGUGCGUAGCCUGGUCUCCAGUGUCAUGUACUGCAUCCUGGAGCCACUUGCUGCCUCCAUUAAUCCGCUAAAUGACCACUGGACCCUGAGGGAUUAUGCAGCCCUGCUUCUCAGCCACAUUUUCUGGACACAUGGGGAUCUGGUGAGUGGUCUGUACCACCAAAUCCUGCUGUCUCUCCAGAAGGUUCUGUCUGACCCAGUGAGACCACUCUGCUCACACUAUGGGGCUGUCGUGGGCCUUCAUGCUCUAGGAUGGAAAGCCGUUGAGAGAGUGCUUUUUCCACACCUUCCUGCCUACUGGGCCAACCUCCAGGCGGUACUGGAUGAUUACUCUGUGUCAAAUGCCCAGGUCAAAGCAGAUGGACACAAAGUUUAUGGAGCCAUCUUGGUGGCAGUGGAGCGUCUUUUGAGGAUGAAGGCUCUAUCGCUGUCUCAGCCAGCAGAGAGAGGGACAUUGAUUCAGCCAGGUUCUGUGGCUGGAGCUAUGGGCUACAGGGUGAGCUCGCCAGGCCUCAGCCCCCCUCCAGAACCUCUGUCAGAGGCUGCACUUGGAAUAGUUAGCCACCUCCAGGCAGGGGGAGCGGGAUGCCAUUGGGAAGAGUGGUCCCCAGUCCCUCUUCCUGAUAUGUACUGUGAGCUCUACUCCUUUUUUGGAGACAGCUUGGCCGUCAGGUUCAGUACAGAACCGGGGUUCGACAACUACCCCGUUUGUACUCCAUCCCAUGUCAGGGAUGCUAGGAAGGAGCCCCUUGGCCCUUUGUCCAACCCAGACAACACCCGUAAGAUGCCACAGCUCACGGCCAACCUCAACAUCAGCCCCAGACAGGAUGGGAGCCCUCGUACUGAUCCAGCCCCACCUAGCCUGUCAGCCACAGGAUCAGGACGGCCCUUAGCUCGCUCGUCCUCUGUGCAGCGCUCCAGAUCUUCAUCAUCCCGAUCGAGCCAGCGUUCAACAGGUGUUUCUCGUGAUGUGUUCCCCAAGGCUCGCUUUACCUCACCUCACACCGGACCUCCAGCAUUUUCAUUUCUGAUCGGUGGACGACAGGUGGGUCGGUCAAGUCAAGGCCGUCGCCCCUUUCAGACCAACUUUUCUCCGACUCCACCCGUUUCUGCUGUCCCACCACGUGCCUACGCCCACAAACUUCCUGUCAUUGGCAGGGUGGGCAAACCUGUUCGGCGCUGGGCAUUAUCCCAUUACUCCCUUUAUCUACCUUUGUAGGGGGCAGGGUGUUUUUUAUAAUCCAGUGAAAUGAGCAUGUGUGGGGACUGAUGGCUUCUCACUGUCUCUGAUCAAUAUUUGUAUUGUCCUCAUCACUUGAAUUAAUAUUAAUAUUUUGAUAUUCUAUUUGUAGAGACAAUAUCAGUUUGUUAGAGUUCUGUCAACUGCUCAAAACAUGUCUGACUUUCAAACCAUAAAGUGGAAAUGCCAUCCAGGCUGGGAACCAAUAAUCUUUGAGAAUAAUCUUGUUGACUAGCCUCUUGACUCUUUUUGUGAAUAAUCUUGCAAAGUAUUGUUUCAAACACAUGGUAGUUUUCUCGUAGUCAGCCUCUCAUACAGUUUUUCAGCUCAUUGCUCAUGUUGUAUAUAUUUCAGUUGAAAGUAUUUUUUAUAUUAAAAUACCAUUUCAAAAUGU